AUCUCUCUCUUUCUCUCUUUUCCAUUUUUUUGAAAAAAGGGAAUGGGCAAAGUAAAAAAGUCAGUAAUGAGUGACAUUUGUAAGAAUAAUGUCAUUACAGAAGAUGUCAUUGUCCAACAAGUAAAAACUCGUUACGAGAACAAUUUGCUUUACACUCGCAUCGGUGAUAAUGUCUUGAUCUCGGUCAAUCACAAUUCUUACUCGAGCCAAGAAUCUCUGGAUUAUGUUGCAGAAUAUAAAGAUACAACCCUGACAACAAAUUCGAUCUUACCCGUACAUUUGUUCCAAAUGGUCAAUCAAGUUUAUUUACAUAUGAGAAGAACAGGUAUAGAUCAGUCCAUUUUAUUAAGUGGUGAUACAGGCAGUGGAAAAAGUGAAAGCAACUAUUCAAUUCUUUCACAUCUCGUUCAACUCAGUAGCCAUAAAAAAGAGUCAAAGAUUCAGACUCAAGUAUUAAAUGUUCAAACUAUCCUUAAUGCAUUUGGGCACUCUUCAUCAAAGCAGUCCAGAUUUGGAAAGUACAUGGAGUUACAAUUUAAUGAAAGAGGAAAAAUGAUUGGCUGUAAAAUAUUGAAUUAUCUAUUGGAAAAAAGAAAGGCAAUCACAUUAAAUAUAUUCAAUAUCGUAUUGAAUGGUGCUUCCAUUGAAGAAAAGUCACUGCUUUCAAUCAAUGAUGUAUCAACAGAAGAAUUCACUGAACAAUAUGAACAGUUAAAAGCAUCAUUAAGACACCUGGGUCUCGGGAAAAGAUACCAUUCCAGAAUUAUUCAAUUGAUCACAGCACUGUAUCAUCUAAAUCAAUUGCAAUUUAUCGAUGAUUUAACCAUGCAACAAGAAGCUGCGUAUGUAAAGAAUGUAGAGUUAUUAGAAGUUAUAUCAGACUUGUUGGGUGUCGAUUCAAGAUCACUGGAGAAUGUCCUGACCUACAAAACCCAAUUAAUCAAAAAGGAUGUUACAACCUUAAUUUUGAACGCAGAACAGUCAUCAAAUCAACGUGACGAAUUAAUAUCAACACUUUACUCAUUAUUAUUUACCUGGCUAAUCGAACAAUUAAACCUAAAGUUAUGCAACGACAAUAUUCACAACUUUAUCGGCAUUCUGGAUUUACCUGGAUCAGAAAUUCAGCAAAGUAACAACUUUGAUAAGUUUUGCUUAAAUUAUACAAACGAACGGAUUCAAAACUACAUCCAAAGAUAUAUCUUUGAAUCCAUCGGAUCCGAAUAUAAAAUGGAUGGAUUGAUGGAUUACAGUGGACAGUACAAAAACAAUAAUGCAUGUAUCGACCUGUUUGAUCAGCCCAGAAAUGGAUUUAUCGACAUCAUCAACAGCUAUUCGAAAAAGUCGAGUCGAAUUACGGAUAAUACAAUGAUUGAAACCGUAUUCAAAUAUCAGAAUGGCAAUGAGACGUUCAAGUUGAAGACGGGGUCCAAUUAUUUCAUGAUUCAGCAUUACAAUGGAUUACAAACGUAUCAACAAAAUGGAUUUAUCGAGUAUAACAAGGAUCCUUUAAAUAUCGAUUUUAUUUCCCUAUUUAAAGGUAGUUCCGACAUCUCUCCUUCAACCAAUUCGUUCAUAUUAAAUUUAUUUGCUGAUAAAAGUAUCACGACGGAAUUGCACCCCAAAUUUAAUGAUUCGAUUUUAAAUGCUCAACAGGUCAAUAAACCCAAUAGAUUACCCUCCAUGAGAAGAUCCAAGUCGGCUAAACGAAACACCAAUCCAUCGCAAAUAGAAGAUAACAAGUCUAAGAAGGUCAUACCUGUUGUCCUGUCUCAACUUCGGUCUUCGAUUGAUGAACUGCUGGCCACAUUGGAUGAAACCAUGCCUUGGUUUGUUUUCUGUCUGAAAUACACCAAAAACAAUAAUUUAGCAUUUGAUUCUCAGCUAGUGAAAAAUCAGGUCCAAUCCUUCAAUCUCAAUUCGAUUGCUACCAGAUUGAAAACUGGUUCAUUUGGAAAUAUAUUUUUACAUUCAGAAUUUACAGAUCGUUACAAUGAUAUCUUGUCUAGUAUCGGUAUCGAGUUGGAUAGAUUACCAAGACAGAAAUGUCAAGCGGCUAUUGAUAUCUUUGGUUGGUCCAACACAAUGGACGCUGUCAUUGGAAAUACAAAGAUAUUUUUGUCAGAUUUGGCUUGGAGGCAUUUAGAAGAUAGUUUACGUGCAGUAGAAAAAGAUGAUCAAAGAAAACAGAAAGAUAACAAUAUGCUGAUGUCCAGAGAUAUUAGUAACGAUGGUCUAUCGCAUACCUCCUCGGCUUCCAUGGCUGAUUUAACAAGCUCGUCCGACUAUGUCGCUCAAGACAGAAGAGCCAUGGCUGCUGCAAAUGCUGCUGCUGCUGGUUUACCUAUACCCCGUGCAUUUAAUUCAAAUGCUCGUAUGUCGUGUUACUCCGAAGACCAAAGCUCGUUUGUUUCUGAAGAUCAUCGCACUUUUGAUACGGAUUCCCAAGCGGGUUCGGAGAACUACGAUUCCAAUGCGUCUGCCUAUCUCGAGAUGAAGACAAUGCCGGUGGCUGUGGUGGAAGAAGAAUCCGAAGAAGAGGAGUAUAAAAUGUCCGGCGUGCGUAAGAAGUGGUUAUUCUUUGUCUAUCUGAUGACAUGGUGGGUGCCUACACCUUUCAUGGUUUGGUGUGGCCGUAUGAAGCGUAAAGAUAUUCAGAUUGCCUGGAGAGAGAAGCUGACACUCUGUAUGGUGAUCUUCUUUAUGUCAGCCUUCAUCAUUUGGUUCUUGGUGUUUUUCGGAAAAUUAAUUUGUCCCCACCAAGACGUAUUUUCUCAGUCUGAAUUACAGGCACAUAGUACUUCUGGUAAUGCCUAUGUCGCUAUUCGUGGUGAGGUGUUUGAUUUAACUCGCUUUGCUCCUCAUCAUUGGGCCAAUCAAGUGAUUCCGACAGGUGCCAUUACAGCUUAUGCAGGUAAAGACGCAAGUGACCUUUUCCCUGUUCAAGUAUCUGCUCUCUGUCAAGGUGUCACUGGCACUGUAUCAGAUUAUGUUUCUUUGGAUUACCAUUUCAACUUGACUGAUCCUAAUUCAAAUUACCAUGAUUUCCGCGCCUGGACUGAGGACCCUCGUCCCGAUUGGUAUUUUGAAAAAAUGGUCUAUUUGCGUAAGAAUUAUAAGAUUGGUACAAUGGGGUAUACAGAUAAGGAUGUUUAUCGACAAGCAACUACACCUGUGGAUAUGAGUGGUGUUCCUAAUAUUCGUGUCUGGGCCGUUUUAAAUUCAAGUAUCUACGAUCUUACUUAUUACGUCAGUGGAGGUCGACGUGUUCAACUCCCUACUGGUAUGAAUAGCACUGCAGCCAACGGUGUGGAUGUUGACUACAUGUCGGAUGUAGUCGUCAAUCUUUUUCGACAAAAAUCCGGUGAAGAUAUCACCAAUUACUGGAAUGCGCUUCCUCUGGAUCCUGAAGUAAGACUUCGACAAGAAGUGUGUCUUCGUAAUCUCUUUUAUGUCGGCUCCUUGGAUCAAAGAAACUCUCCUCAAUGUAUAUUUUCGGAAUAUCUCUUAUUAAUCGUCACCGUGUUCCUAUGUCUAGUGAUUGUAUUUAAAUUCUUGGCUGCAUUGCAAUUUACAACCAAACGUGAGCCCCAAAAUCACGACAAGUUUGUGAUAUGUCAGGUGCCGUGCUAUACAGAAGGCGAAGAGGAACUGAAAAAGACCAUUGAUUCGAUUGCGGCCUUACAUUACGAUGACAAGCGAAAGCUUUUGUUUAUUAUCUGCGAUGGUAUGAUCGUGGGCGGUGGUAAUGAUCGACCUACUCCUCGUAUUGUAUUGGAUAUUUUGGGCGUUAACCCACAUGUGGAUCCAGAACCUCUCUCCUUUUUAUCCGUCGGUGAAGGCCAGAAGCAACAUAACAUGGCUAAAAUCUAUUCCGGUCUUUAUGAAUGCCAAGGUCAUGUGGUCCCCUACAUUGUUGUAUCCAAAGUGGGUAAACCAAGUGAACGUCAAAAGCCUGGUAAUCGUGGUAAGCGUGAUUCGCAACUGAUUUUGAUGCGAUUCUUAAACAAGGUACAUUUUAAUUCUCCCAUGACACCCAUGGAGCUUGAAGUGUAUCAUCAAAUCAAAAAUGUCAUUGGUGUCAAUCCAAGUUUCUAUGAGUUUGUGUUGAUGGUGGAUGCCGAUACAGAAGUUAUUAGCGAUGGUUUGAAUCGUUUGGUAUCUUCCUUUGUACAUGACGCCAAAGUCAUUGGUUUAUGUGGAGAAACAAAGCUAUCCAAUGAAAAGGAUACGUGGGUUACCAUGAUCCAGGUGUACGAAUAUUUCAUUUCCCAUUACAUGAUCAAGGCAUUUGAAUCCUUGUUUGGCUCUGUUACUUGUUUACCCGGUUGUUUCUGUAUGUACCGUGUUCGCUCCCCUACCAAAAAUCAACCUCUAUUAGUUUCUAAUCAGGUGAUUGACGAUUACCAAAUCAAUCGAGUCGAUACGCUUCACAAGAAAAAUUUGCUUCAUUUAGGUGAAGAUCGAUACUUGACAACCUUGAUUUUAAAACAUUUCCCUACCUACAAGACCAAAUUUGUACCCGAUGCCAAAUGUGCUACUAAUGCUCCUGAUCAGUGGUCCAUCUUACUUUCACAACGUCGUCGAUGGAUUAAUUCUACCAUUCAUAAUCUGGGUGAACUUGUGUUCUUGCCUCAGUUGUGUGGUUUCUGUUGUUUCUCCAUGCGAUUUGUAGUCAUGCUUGAUUUGAUCAGUACGCUUGUACAGCCUGCGAUUGUUGGUUAUUUAUGUUAUCUUAUUUAUACCCUGGCUACGUCCUCUAGUGCGGUGCCUGUCAUGUCUAUUAUCACCAUUGCAGGUGUCUAUGGUUUACAAGCUAUUAUCUUUAUUCUUCACAAGAAAUGGGAACAUAUCAUCUGGAUGAUUGUCUCCAUUUUUGCUAUUCCUGUAUUCUCACUUUAUAUUCCAAUUUAUUCAUACUGGCAUUUCGAUGACUUUUCAUGGGGUAAUACUCGUGUUGUGCUUGGUGAUAAGGGAAAGAAAUUAGUAGUAGGUGCAGAUGAAGGCAAAUUCGAUCCCAAAUCGAUUCCAACCAUGUCAUGGGAGAAAUACGAGGAAGGAUUAUACUCGGAAGACUGGAAUAAAGAUGAUAACGCGUCGGUGGGGUCUAAAGGCUCAGGGUAUACACAUAGUAGUUAUGUGAGCUAUGGAAGCUACGGAAGUAAACAACCCUUACCUCAACAACAACCGCCUAAUUAUCCGGCCAGUCAAUUUUCUUAUAAUCAUCAAAUGGCGUCAAGCCAGUCCUUGGUGGGAUUACCUCUACAGAAUUCCAAUUCGUCCGUUUUCCUUAAUAAUUCAAAUGCACACCUUUCCAUGAUGAGUGGCAUGAAUCAUCUUCAGCCGCAGCCCAUGAUGGGAGGUUUUACUAACCCUCAAUAUGCUGCAUUUAACAACAAUCAUCCAUCUCCCCUUCAUAGAUACGAAUAAUUAUCGUACUUUACUUUACAUUACUUUUACUUUAUAUUAAUAAAUACAUUAC